CGGGCAUUUUGAGAUGAAACACUCGUAAAAAAAAGCGUCACAACAAAGCACUUCAGCCUUUGCAGCUGUUUUUCUUUUGAGAAAGUCCUUUGUGUCUUCGAGAAGUCUUUGCGUCUGCGAACGAGCGAAGAACGUCGCAAGGAAAGAAUAAAGAUGUCGACCCGCGAUCCGGACGUGGCUCUCCUGGUCGGCCACCCGGCCGUCUGUCUUUUGGAGAACGAGACUUUGUCCCUUGCGGAGCUUCAGGCGAAUUUGGACAAAGUCUUAGCGGACCUAGCCACAGUUUCCGAAGAGGUCCGCAACAUCGGGACGAAGAUUGUGUUGCAGAUUCUGCAAAACAUUCUGGAGAAAUUGCAUGAAAAUAAUCUCAAAGACAACGCUUCCGACGCAGGAGGGCAUGGGUCCUCGUCCUCUUCCCCGGUGGCGGGCGGAGCUUUUUCUUUCACACCGAGAACCGCAUCGCCCUCCUCGCACAGAAUGGCGAACAGUGCGGCGACGUUCCGGAAUAUUAAAACGAGUCACGGAUCAAAGAAUUACCAAUCCGAGUUUGAGAAGGAGAAGGCGUCGCGGCAGUCGGUCCGGAUUGAGGAGCUUGCGACGAAGCUCGAGCAAGCGGAGGUGCGGGUCAGAGAAUUGGAGAAGGAAAGGGUGAAAGGGAAAAAGCAGCUGGAAAGAGAAGUCGCUUUCGCGGAAACCAACGCGAAGGCCAGUGCGGAAGCGGAACUGAAGAAGAUGCGGCUGCAACUGCAAAAGAACGAGCAAAAGUGGCGGGAAGAAAAGGCGCAACUGCAGUUCUUGCUCACGGACGGCGGAAACGUAUUUUUGAGUUUUAUUUGCGUUUUUUCUUCUAUAAAAUGGAAAGCGGAUUUUCGUUCUCGUUAUGCAAAGACGCAAUGCUUCAGCUUCUCUGAGGACCACGAGGUCGUGUGACGAUCACCUGCAUGAGAAGUAGAUACAUCAAUAGAAAUACACAAAUUCGUAUUCGCCACAAGAAUUUUCUGCAAACGCGUUAUUCAUCAACAGAUGGGACCAGCUCCUGCCACGCACGACGCUUCCAGCGACGAGACCACUUCUGCAGCCCAGCACUCGCAGUAUCUCCGGAAACGAGUUUUCAAAUUUUGAUAGGUGGCUGCUCACUCUCCAAAUUUUGAAAAGAUGCUGAAGGAAACAUCUUUUCAAAAUUUGACAACCCGAACAGCGCAAGUAUCAAAUUUUGAAAAGAUGCUCUUUCUGCAUCUUUUCAAAUUUUGAUAAGUGGCUGCUCAGUCUCUAAAUUUUGAAAAGAUGCUGAAGGAAACAUCUUUUCAAAAUUUGACAACCUCAACAACGCAAGCACUUGCUUUGUUGAUGUUGUCAAAUUUUGAAAAGAUGUCUCCUUCAGCAUCUUUUCAAAAUUUGACAACCUUUUUGGCAACCUCUUUGGUGAGGUCUCCCAAGAGGCUAUUAACUUAAGCUACUCCGCAUGGUAUGGUGGAUUUUGAUGAACCUAUUUGGGAACCUCUUUGGUGCGCCCAGACAGAGAAUUGCGGACGAAAGUCGAAGGCUUUGACUUGCGCUCCAGUUGGCGGGCCGCCAGAUGGUAAGCAAAGCCGUGCCUCUGGCGACACCUGUUUGCUUGCCUCUUUUGUGGCUCCGAAGAUUGCGAAGAUGCCCCCUCAGCAAGUUUGCGAAUUUUGAAAGCCACGCAGAAGAGUAGGUUGAUCACCCUUUCCGCGGCUGUCGAAAUUUGAAAAGAUGCGCUGGUAGCAUCCUUUCAAAUUUUGGAAGCCACAGAAGAUUGAGCUGGCCUCCGUUUGCGUGGUUUCUCAAAUUUGAAAAGAUGCUCCUUCGGCAUCUUUUCAAAUCCUGAAAACCACAGAACAGCCAGCUGCCCUCCUCGUCUGCGGCAUGUAAAAUUUGAAAAGAUGCUCCUUCAGCAUCUUUUCGAAUCUUGGCAACCUCAGGACAGAAAACGGAUCGGCUCUUCUGCGGCUCUUCUGCGGACAGAAAACGGAGCAGGCGACCCUCCUCUUUUGCGCCUUUUGAAAUUCGAAAAGAUGUUCCUUCAGCAUCUUUUCAAAUCCUGGAAACCACAGAAGAGUAAAUUGCUCGGGUCUCUUGUGGCUUCGUUAUGGAAAAGAUGCUCCUUCAGCAUCUUUUCAAAUUUUGCAGGCCAAAGGCCAUGCGCUUCAGAUUUGAAAAGAUGCUGAGAGGGCAUCUUUUCAAAUCUCAAGAACCACAGGAGAGCACAGCAGCUUUUUCGCCUGUUGGUUUUCAGAUUUGAAAAGAUGCGCCCCGAGGUAUAUUUCCCCGUUUCAGCCGUGUCCACAUCUGAAAAUGUUGCGCCAUGAAGCACGGGCCACCUCGUCAGGGGUUGCUCGCUCUUCAGGUCUCCCGGAUCAGAUGCGGUGGGCGCUGUUUCCGAAUCAGGCCCAAGCCAGGCCGGGGCUGAUAAGAGGGGGGGCGCAGCCUUUCGCUUGGCUGCGCCUUGUGGAGGGUAAAUUCGCCGGGGGCAUUUUCCGCGUUUGUCGCUAUUGCCGGGCGCCUUGCCUUACCUGCGCAAGCAGAGGCGCGCUCAGGGUCCAUGGCCUCAUAUGAUUGGGAGGCUCGUUUGGGUGGCUUUUCUCUCUGGGGUCUUUGGCUUGCGUUUCUGCCCCGGGCCUCGGGGCAGAAAUAGAACAGCCCGGCGUGGCGCGUUUGCAAAGGCGGACGCGCAGCCGCCAUCGAAGAGGCGCUACGCGAUAAUCGGCGAGGGCGCCGCGCAAUCAACUGGCCAAGAUUUGAAAAGAUGGGCGAAAAGGUGGAUAUUUUAGGGCCUUCACAGCACUCGCAGUAUCUCCGAAAGCGAGUUUUGCACUGCGAAACUUUUGCUGUUGCCAGAACGAAUGUCAUCAACGGGCUGGUGCUGGAUUCGGAGAAUUUUCUCGUCACCGCCGGCUUCACCGUGUGGAAGCAAUUGCUGCAGAUCCGGAAAGAGAAAAAACGGGCGGAUUUGCCGAUUGAAUAUCCUGAGUAAAAACGCCCCAACAUCAUAAAUCCACUUUCUCAAGCUGAGUAGCGCGUGGUGGACUUUUCAAUCGGAUAAAAACAAAAUGCCACCCAGGCGGAGCGAUACGAGAGAGAUACAAGGCAUGCAGAUUGGCAUGAAUUUGAGACUGAGACUAUGUAUUAGAAAAAAAAUGAUUGAAACAGCAAAAAUAUUGGGUGGGGACGUUUCUACUCAGGAUAUUGAGAAGGCGGCGCUUAUGGUCGACGAGCAGUGGAAGCUUGCGGUGAGGAACGAGAUUGGACACUUCGUUUCGCAGAAGAGUUUCUGUUUCGACGUGGCCGCCACGGUGUUGUUCGGUCUACUGUCCGUCGUGCUCUUGGGGGUGGCCUUGGGCUGCCUGUAGAAGGAGGAGGGGUUGAUGAACACGGAAACUUUUUGGCACAGAAGUAAAACAUCUUGAAGGGUAGCGUUUUUUCUGUUUCUGAUCUGUUUUCGUUUUGUGUUUGUUUCUUCUCGUAGUCGUACUACUUUAAUCUACAAUUUUGGUUUGAAGAACAACAACUUGUAAUGAAUGAAAACUGUUUGCUUUGGUUGCACAGAGAUCUUCUACGCCUACAGGAGUCGGUUUCGACGUUUUUACUGCAGAACUCAACGUUUCAGAACUUUACUUUGUAUGAUCGAUAAAUCGACAAGACUGCCACGGUUGGAUUCGUCUCCACAGACGAAGUUGGCAUUUACUUUAUACGAUUUGCUCUUGCUCAAUGUUUACUCGAUGAUGCUGGUGCUGUUGGGUAGGCUGUUUUGUUGAUAAGAUUGAGUUGGAGGCACUGGGCCGAUGGCAGAUAAUAAUUAUUUCAAAAAAUGUUAAUUCUUUGCGAACAAGGAAUGUGACAAGUACGAGGACAAACCUGCUCCAAGUAGCGUUGCUUGCCUGCUUCAUCUGUGCGAAGUUGUUUCGCGUUCGCGUCUGUCUUUCCUCUGCCUGGGAUCACGUCUCUUGAU